AUGACCAGCAGAAUCGGCCAAUACAAGAACCAUGGGCGCGCAGAACGAUAUUUCUCGGAUCUGCGAAAGCGAUGCGCCGCGAAUCUAAAGGACAAGCGCCUCGAGCUGCUCGACCAACGGCGAAAGAUGAGCUCGGUCGAAUCCCUGAUCCGGAGCACAGCGGCCGCCGAAUUCCCCGAUGAGGAGCUGGACGACGAGAUGGUGAUGCGACUGCAGGUUGAGCUGCUGCAAGAUGAAUACCUCGAACUUCAACAGGACGAAGACCGUGCCUGCUACGAGGCCAAUUUUGCCGACACGCUCGAGUGCCCAUCGUGUAAGAGUCGCGCUAUCCUCGACGAAAACUUCCUCUACUGCGCCAAUUGUCGUUUUGCGCAUCGUUUUUCGGAGUCUUGGACUCCAGACAUCCAACAACUCGACGCUUGGUUGAUCGAAACUUACAAACAACACGAAACGAGCUGCUCGCCGAUUCUUGAGGUUGCUUCCAGCCGAUACGCCGACCAGCGGCUUCAACUCAACUGCCCGUUUUGCGGAUUCGAAAAAUCGAAGCAUCCCGAGCUCGAGCUCAUCUACAAGCCGGCGGACUUGUUCCCGUACAGUUGUGAAGAAUGUGGCAGGCGCUACAGGAGUGCCGCCAGUCUCCCUUCCCAUCGCAGAAGCAAGCAUCCGGAGCUCCUGAAAGCAAAAGCACCGGAAAAAGAACUUCCGCCAGUGAUCUGUCCCGGUUGCGAUGGGCGAUUCUAUUCGCACGAGAAGAUGGUGUCGCAUUAUGCCGAGAAGCAUGAGGAAGCGGCCGAAUUGUUCGACAUGUCCCUGGAAAACGAUAAGGCCUUCAUCCGUUGGCUGAAGGAGCUCGAGUUCGAGCUGAGCUGCAGCUUCUCCAUCCGCGACUCCAAUCCCAAGUGCCGGCGAUAUCGUUGUACGCGUGUCGGGUUGCGGAAGCCGAGCAAUAGAGACUUGGCUGAUUGCACGGCAUUUGUACAGGUUCGAUUCGACGACAUCGGACGGGCAUUAGUCCUUUUCUGCCGGCAUCAUUCGCACGAGUGCCCGCCUGAAGCACUGCGGCUCUACUCGUCGCUUAUGGAGGAUGAGGUGAUCAAGAUGGUGCAGAUGGGAAAAACGACCCCGGAAAUCCUCCAGCACUUCAAGAAUGGAUUUCCGAGCGGCGUCCCAGCCAGGCCAACCGUUUCGUACAACCUGACGGCCAAGGAAAAGCGGCGGCGGGAAGGCCGAUUGGAAUAUUUGAUCCAGUGGAAAGUCGGAGACACGAACCCGAGCAACGCGACAUGGGAACCAGAAGAAAACGUCUCUUGCCCGGAAGCGAUUGCGAAUUACGAGCGACAACUAUUGAAAGUGAAAACGAUGAUCAAGGGCGAAGAGGAGCUGGCAAACGAGGCGGCCGAAGUGGAAAAGAUUCUCGGAUUGGCCGAGAAUUCGGGGGAACGAUAUUACUUGGUGAAAUUCACGAACAAGGCUUGCCGAUUGGUGCCGAUGGCCGAAGCGAAUACAAAGUGGCCGGCGCAAGUUAUCCAGUAUUACGAUCAGAACCUCACUUUGGAAGAGAAA